ACAAACAUAUGUCCUCUUUGUAUAGGCAUAGAAUACCAAUAUUCUAUAAAUGUAGCUACUGUUAUAGUGAACAGUAGUUAUUUCUGUGAAUGUGGCCUGGGGUUGCGGUGGAGGAAGACUCAUUUUUUUUUUUUUUUUUGGUUUAACAUUUUUACAAGUUUGUAUCUAGUUAGCUAAAACAAGUGCCUAUCAGCCUUAAUUUCUCCAGUCUUCUUUGAGACCAAACCCAGAAAGUCCUUCAGCCUCCAUGAUGAUUGGUGUAAGUGAAUGAGAGUGUUUGCUGUUGAUGUGCACUUUUCUCUUUGAUCCUCUUUCUCUAGCACGAUUUUACUGGUUCAGUCAUCACACUCUCCAAUCUGCUCUCAGGAUCUUCCUGCUUUAUUCUUGGAGAACAUUUUGGUAAUUGUCCCAGAGAAGCCCUAGUGAGGAUUAUCAUGUUAAAAGUGACAUGCUAAUGUCAUGCUUGUGUGCAUUUCCUUCAGCAAAUGAGCCAGCUCCCUUGUGAAACUUUAAGAACAUGGUAGUCAGAGGAGUAAGGCUCAUGAAGUGGAGGGAUGAGAAGACUUUCGGGACAGAUCAUGUGGAGGCUGUCAUUCUCCUCGUGACAUUGCUGUGGGAGAAGAAGGAGGCAUCCCAUGUUGGCAUCAAUGAAGAACUUCAGUAUUUUCCAGAGAGAAGUACCGAGCAGCUUAAAGUAUUUGAAUGGGAGGAGGAGAAGCAAACUACAGCUACUUCAGAGGAUAACACUAAACAUCUAGUCCACUCUGUAUACACUAGAGCUGCUGUUAAUUUUCUUGUGGAGAAGGAACUGUCUUUAGAAAAAUAUCUCAAAAAGCCACUUAAGUAGAAAGUUUCAGCAUGCUGAAGAUGGAACUUGAGAAGAUAGAAAGUUCUGGGUCCUUAGUGGCAUCACUGAGUCACUGGACCACUGUUGGAACCACCCUAUGUCUUAGUUUUUAAAUCUCUUUACUGUCUAAGACAUUUUUAGUGGAAGUAUUUAUCUCUGGCAUCCAAUAAGACCUUGCAGGAUUUGCA